GCGUUAAAUAAAACGGUUCGCUACGUAAAGAUCGGUUUGCAGUAUCCCCAUACUUCUGAUGGCAGUCUGGUGGUGAACAUCAGUCUCGUUUCAUCAACAAAACCGUUUUCUGGCAUUUCUGUGCAGUGGUUCAGUGUUGUGUGUCUAUUAAUAAUUACACGCCGAUUGUGAAUACCACCAAAAAACGCUUUACGAAGAUUACCAUCAAACACAUUCGAUCAACCACAAGCAACUUAACAAACAAAAAAAUAAGAGAUCGCUGCAGCUGAGCAAAGAUUCCUCCCCAGAAAGUGUAGUGUAUCCAGCUUGCAUCUUCCGUAUCUUCCGCCACAAUGUGUGAGGCGGGCUCAGACUGUAACAAGAAGUAUCAGGAGUGGGAAGCGAACGAGGAGAUUCAAAUAUUCCGCGAAUAUUUGCGCAUCCCAACGGUGCACCCGAAUGUGAACUACGAUGAUUGUGUUGAGUUUCUGAAGCGCCAGGCUGCGUCGUUGGAUUUGCCUGUGCGCGUGGUCGAAUUUAAUGUAAGGAAACCGAUCGUCAUCAUUACGUGGGAGGGUACGGAACCGCAGGAAAAAUCCAUCAUCCUGAACUCGCACAUGGAUGUGGUGCCGGUGUAUGAGGAGCGCUGGACCCAUCCACCGUUCGCGGCGGAAAUGGACCAUCAGGGACGGAUCUAUGCCCGGGGCGCCCAGGACAUGAAGUGUGUGGGCAUGCAGUUUCUCGGUGCAAUUCGUGCGUUGCGUCGCGACGGCAUUCGGUUGAAGCGUACCAUCCAUGCGACGUUCGUGCCGGAUGAGGAGAUCGGUGGCAAGCUCGGUAUGAUGGAGUGGGUGCACAAGGAAUCGUUCCGGGAGCUGAAUGCGGGAUUUUCCAUCGAUGAGGGUAUUGCCGGUGAAGGGGAGAUCUAUCCAUUGUUCUACGGGGAGCGUAGUGUUUGGCAUGUUUAUUUCAACAUGUCGGGAACACCGGGACACGGUUCGUUACUGUUGAAGGGUACGGCCGGUCAGAAGGCACACUACAUCAUCGACAAGCUGAUGCGAUUCCGUGAGAACGAGGUGAAGCGAUUGGAAAACAAUCCCGAGUUUACGAUCGGUGACGUGACGACGGUUAACAUUACGCUCAUGAAGGGUGGUGUACAGGAAAAUGUAGUACCGCCGGAGCUGUCGGUCUGCUUCGACAUCCGGCUAGCGGUUGAUGUAAACCAUCUGGAGUUCGAAAACCAGCUGCUCGACUGGUGCCGUGAAGCGGGCGGUGGUAUUGAGCUAGAGUACGAUCAGAAGUGUCCCUACGUCAAACCGACCCAGUUGGACAGCUCCAACAUGUACUGGGUCGCGUUCAAGGACGCACUGGACGAGCUGGGCCUGAAGGUGAAGCCACAGAUAUUCCCCGGCGGUACGGAUAGUCGUUACAUUCGCGGCAUUGGUAUUCCCGCGAUUGGUUUCUCACCGAUGAACCAUACACCAGUGUUGCUACACGAUCACGACGAAUUUCUUAAAGCGGACACGUUCCUGGAUGGCAUCCGAAUCUAUCGCAAGAUAAUCGCUAACGUAGCGAACGCUUAGAAAGCGACCCAUUUGUAACGAUCGGCGUUUGUUUCUGUACUAACUAUACACUAUACAUGCAAUGUAUAAGAAUAAACCAACCAUGAAUCAACUUCA